CGAAUUAGGACAUCUCACCGAUCAGUAAACGUUACAAGUGUGCAGAAUAUAAUCUUGUUCUAUACUAGUGUCGUAAGCAAUUAAAAUUAAACAUGGAGGUGCCCGAACAGGUGGAAAAUAUACUGAAAACCAUAACGAAAGACGAAAAUAUAGAUGAGUACGACAUUGAUAUACACGCUGGAAAUAAAAAAGGUGAUGGAUUUUUGGGCGAAUUAUUGUUUUUGGAUGUUAUUGAGAAGAAGACCGAUAAAGUAUUAAGUCUAGUUUUUAAAAAAGCUUUCCAGCAGGCGAAUCUUAGGGAUAAGAUGCCUAUUAGACAGACUUUUAUUAAUGAAAUUUAUUUCUACGAGGAUGUUUACCCAGAGUUAAAUAAACUACAAAGUGACGGCAACAUUACUAAUAAAUUUACAAAUAUUGCUAAAUGUUUUUACUCUACAUUGGAACCGUGUAAGGAGUACAUUGUGAUGGAAAACCUUAAAGCAAAAGGGUUUGAGGUGUUCGAUAAAACAAAACUUCUCAGCAUGGAGCACAUUGAACUGAUAUUUAAAACGUAUGGUCGUUUUCAUGGUAUAUCCUUUGCUCUCAGCAAAAAAAAUCCGGAAAAGUUCCAAGAAAUAGAUGAAAAAUGCGUCAACGUGUUUAAUAUUUUUGGAACUGAGGAUCAUUUUAAGACAGCGAUGCUAACAAUGGCCAAAAGUGUCUAUGACAAACUGAUUCCAGGAGAGGACGACAAAUUAAUUAAAUCUCUGGAAAAGUAUUUGGAUAAAGGACACGAUUACUAUUUGGAGGGUAUAAAUUAUAAGGGAAAAUAUAAUACAAUAAAUCAUGGCGAUUGUUGGAGCAACAAUAUGAUGUUUAAGUAUGAUAACGGAACGGUAUCCGAGAUCACUGUCAUCGACUGGCAACUAAUAAAAGUGGGAAGUCCAAUGCACGACUUAGUGUAUUGCCUAUAUACAGGAACUGGAAAAGAAGUUUACAGCCAACUAGACUACAUUCAUAAAAUCUACUACAACAGCCUUACAUCCACACUAAAAGAAUUUAAUUUAGAUGUCGAAGAAAUUUACCCCUUUGAAGCUCUUAAAGAAGACUGGCAGGUCGUUUCAAAAUUUGCUAUGAUGUUCGCCUUCAUGAUUUGCAAAAUAAAGCUGGCAGUCCAAGAAGACAUGUUCGAUUUGACCGAUUUCGACACGAAGGAGCAAAGGGAAAAUCCGAUGUUUAAAAUGAGAGUGGCUGACUCGUACGAUGUCAUGAUGAAGGAUUUGGUUACGCAUAUGUAUGAUAUUGGUGUCUUGUAAAUAUUUUGGUGAAAACAGUAUUACUUAUCUUAAUUUUUAAAUAUUUGUACAUAUUAUUGUUGAAUAAAUAUUAUUUGUAGUAGUUGUUA